CGGUGAAAUCAACGCAAGGAAGUAAUUUACGAUCAUGCUACAACGCCUUUGAAUUCAGGUCGACGUGUAUAGUUAGAUUGACUGUAAUAAAACGCUUUAUUUUAGACGAAAAGGAGUUAAUCUACCGUUAAUUGGCAGGAAUGGAUGACGGUGACAAACUGUGCUGUGUACUUUGUCAACGGUCUGAAGAGACGACGACAACCGGACCGUUAUCAACUAAUAAUGAAGUCACGGCUCAUCAGAACUGUUUGUUAUUUUCCUCAGGUCUUUUUUGCCGGAAUUCUCCACAGUUUGACGAUCUUUUUGGUUUCCUUGUGGAGGAUGUGCUGAGUGAGGUGAAACGAGGAAACAAACUGAUAUGUAACAAAUGUAAGCUGAAGGGUGCCACUGCUGGGUGUGAAGUUGGACGCUGCAAGAAGUCCUACCACUACCCGUGUGCUGUUAAAGCUAAAGCGACAAUUGUUGAGGAUGCAGACGGGGGGAAAUAUGGGCUGUACUGCUACAAUCACUCUCUACAAACACAAGAAAACAAUGGCGCCAUAAACGGAAGUCCCUCUUCCUCCUCAAAGUCCAGAACUUCCAAAACUCCCAGUGAAGCCGGAUCAUCCAAGAUAUUUUGCCUUGCCUGUGAGAAGACAGAAGGAAAUAUCAGCUUGGAAAGUUCAACUAAUAGCGUUGUUGUGUCCUAUUGUGACAAACAUGCUCCUGCAUCUCAUAGGAGAAACACCAGCGGUGGUUCUACAUCUGCCGGACAACCAUCCGUGUACAGCACUGACUCCAACUCAUCGAGCAGUGCGGCGCGUUCAUCUUCCAAGAGACAAUUGAAUUCCACUAACAAACAGGAAGAAACCCCCUCUAAACGUAAAUCUAAAGGCUAUAAAAGGAUAGUUUUGGAUGAUUCCAAUUCAGGUGAUCAUGUACUUGAUUCAGAAAUGGCAAUAUUUGCCCCUUUAGAGACGGAUUUAGACGAAAGUGCCAACUCUGUUCCAGAGACCCAGUUGAUCAGGAAAGACACUGAGGGUCCCACUGGGUUCAGCUCAGAACAUCUGGAGGAAGAGAACAAAGAUGACAGUAAAGAUGAAGAUGAAACAGUCAUACAUUCAGAUGCUGAAUCAGAGAGUCUGCUGCUUCCCAUGUCUUUGCCACAUUUAGUUACAGUCUCAACUCAGACUGCGCCAGCUUCACUUCCCGCUGUGGUUUUGUUGAAGGCCGAGGCACAGAGGGUAGAUACAGGGUCCAGACUUGAGCAGAGUUCUUUCCACAGUCCUCAUCAACACAUUGCUGGACCGUCUGUCCCAAAGCAGAGCUCUGCUAGACCGCUUCCACCUCCUGACCACUCCAAACCUUGCCGUGUUACCCACUCACCUCCAUGCACCAGCUCAGCCAUUUCUCCAGGUCCACCUGGAUCAACGUGCGUAUCCCUCCUGUCGCCCUCUUCCCUUCCCUCAGACCCAGAGCCAACCACUUACUCCACCAGUUUCUGGAAAAACUGCAAUUUGGCAGGAUGCACACAGGCCAUAUUUACUGGUUUCCUUAAUGAGAUGAACGAUAUCGCCAUCAGAAUCCAGGCAGACCAGGCGAGCCAGGAGGAUUAUGAUAUUGCACUAACAGUGAUGAGGGCUUCUACAAAACUGGCAGAACUUGUGGCCAAGCAGAAAGAGGAGUUGGAAAGGAAACUAAAGGACCUGCAAAAGGCGGCAGCAGCUAUGGAGGAGGUCGCCUCAGCACUGAGAUGAGUCCAACAGCAGCUCCUGGAAGGACGUGGAUUUCAGUGUUUACUGUUGUCUUAUUCAUCUGUGAUUCCCACUGUUGGUUGUAUUUCAAACUACUCACAUUGGCGUUUUCAUCAUGACAUAGUAUAAUACAGUAUGACAUUUUAUACAACCUGUAUUUGUAUGUAUAGUUCAGACAGUGAAAGGGGCUGGAUGUGGAAGCACAAAAC